GUCAGUUUCAGUUUUAGCUGUGCGACCCAUUCGCUCGUGUGUUUGUGAAUGGUGCUAUUGUGAUGAAUUUUGUGCGAAUUUGUUUGUAGUAUAGUUUUUGUUUGUUAACGAACCUUUUCUGCAUUCGAGAGGCGACAGAGUGUGCUGUUCAUCAGUCAAUUAUGUAACUUGAGACAAACUAUAAACGGCGCGGCAGGACCCAGAGGAAUGGUUGCUGCACGCCGCUCGCCUCCUCAACGCACAGAAACAAAAGAAGUGAAAAUUAAAAGAUAGAAAUGGAACCUCGAAAGCAGCCAGUUUCUCCUGAAGUAGCUCUUGCCUCUGAUGUUUUUGAUCAGUUUUGCAAUGCAUCUACUCUCAAGACCAUCCUUGGACAUCACCGUCAUCUGUGUGAGCUACUACGAAUUAAACCAACUGCCUUUCCCCAAUUUUAUCCAAAAUUGAAGUUAAAAUUACGUUCCUGGAAGGCUCAGGCAUUAUGGAGUAAAUUUGACAAGCGAGCAAGUCACAAAUGUUACAACAGAGGCAAAGCUUGUCCUAACACACGGGUGUUGAUCAUUGGGGCAGGACCAUGUGGUCUUCGAACAGCUAUAGAGGCUCAACUUUUAGGUGCCAAAGUUGUAGUUGUGGAAAAACGAGACAGGUUUUCUCGAAACAAUGUGUUGCAUUUGUGGCCUUUUGUCAUAGCAGAUCUCAGAGCUUUAGGUGCUAAGAAAUUUUUUGGGAAAUUUUGUGCAGGCUCCAUAGAUCAUAUAAGCAUACGACAGUUGCAAUGUAUAUUGUUGAAAGUAGCACUGAUUCUUGGAGUAGAAAUUCAUGAAGGAGUUGGUUUUGAAGGUCUGAUUCCCCCACCUGCUGACCAGUCAAGUGAAAAAAUUGGAUGGCGAGCAGAGACAAGCCCUCCUGACCAUCCAGUUUCUCAAUAUGAAUUUGAUGUAUUAAUUGGUGCUGAUGGAAAAAGAAAUACUUUAGAAGGUUUUAAGAGAAAGGAGUUCAGGGGGAAAUUGGCAAUUGCCAUAACUGCUAAUUUUAUUAAUCGUCAUUCAGAAGCAGAAGCUCGUGUUGAAGAAAUUAGUGGUGUAGCUUUUAUUUUCAACCAAAAAUUUUUUAAAGAUCUUUAUUCUGCCACUGGAAUUGAUCUUGAAAAUAUUGUUUAUUACAAAGAUGAAACUCAUUAUUUUGUUAUGACUGCGAAAAAACACAGUCUCAUCGAUAAGGGUGUCAUUCUGCAGGAUUACACAGAUACUGCAAAAUUAUUAGGGUUAGAGAAUGUAGAUAAAAAUGCUCUUCAAAAUUAUGCCCGUGAAGCUGCUGAUUUUUCCACAAAUUACAUGCUUCCCCAUUUAGAAUUUGCAGUGAAUCAUUAUGGCCAGCCAGAUGUUGCAAUGUUUGAUUUUACUUCUAUGUUUGCUGCUGAGAAUGCCAGUCGAGUUGUGGAACGUCAUGGAUACAGGCUAUUGCAAAUUCUUGUUGGUGACAGCCUACUUGAGCCCUUUUGGCCAACUGGAUCUGGCUGUGCUCGAGGCUUUUUAAGUUCCAUGGAUGCUUGUUGGGCCAUUAAGAGUUGGGGUGGUGGGCAAGUGACUCCUCUAGAUGUUGUAGCAGAAAGAGAAAGCAUAUAUCGAAUGUUAGGUCAAACCACUCCAGAAAAUUUGCAUAGAGAUUAUAACAGCUACACAUUAGAUCCACAUACUCGCUAUCCCAACCUUAACAUUAGAGCUGUCAUUGGUCUGCAAGUCCGCAAUUUAUAUGAUACAGAUGAUCCAGGAAGUAUUGAGCAACCAUUGCCUGCUCUAGCAAGUAGUGAAGCUCCAAAGAAACGAAGACGAAGAGAUUCACAAGUGCAUCCUGAUACGUUGUUACUUUGGCUGAAAAAACAAGUAGCUCUUUAUGAUGUUAAAGUGGAGAACAUGACUGAUUCAUUUAAAAAUGGUCUGGUACUUUGUGCAAUCAUCCAUCGGUAUCGACCGGACCUCAUUGACUUCCCUUCACUUUCACCAGAUGAUAUUGCCAAAAACAAUCAGUUAGCAUUUGAUACUCUAGAGAGGGAAUUGGGAGUGCCACCUGUAAUGACAGGUCAAGAAAUGGAACAGUGUGAUGUUCCUGAUAAAUUGACAAUGUUGUCAUAUCUGUCUCAGAUUUAUGAUACAUUUCGAGGAGAAAUUCCACAUAUUAAACACCCUAAACUGGAACUGGAUCCUGAAGAAGAGAAACCUCCUUCUCGUGUUAUGCAGCUGCGCCAACUAAAUACGGAGAAGAAGGUAGCUCUUCUCAACCGAAUAACUAAUCAACAUGCACAACAUCAUCAUGCUCACGUUCAUACUCAUCGCAAAAGGUCAUCAGCUGAGCGUGAUGCUUUGGCACAAAGUACUAGUCCUGGUGAACGUCAUCAUCAUGAUUUUCUUCGCAGAAGGCCCAAUAAACGACGAAGUAUGGAGCGAGAUAAGGAUCGUGAUUCAAGGCUUGUUGGAGAUACGAAACGCGGGGAUAAAGAUGAAGAUUUCUCGGGCCGAGUCAAAAGUUUAGAAGAGAAACUUCAAGGAAGCAGACCAGGCACAGACAAGAAGCCAAAAGAUUUAUAUCGUGCAAUUGGUAAAAUAGAAAAAAGUGACUGGAAUGUUCAAGUAUUGGAGAAGAAAAUACAAGAAAAUAAGAUGGGUAGUUACAAACAUCAUAAUCGGCCUGAAUCUGUACCUAAAUGGGAUAAACAGCAGUUUGAUGAUAAGCGCCAAGCAGUGCAGGAUAAAAUUCAGCGCCGUAGCCCAGCAGCUAACAAUAAGUCUGAUCGCUAUGCUCAUAUAGAUGUUAAAUUGCAAGAACUGGAAAAGAAAUUGAAAGAAGGAAAUGUACGUGAUGCUGGACCACGUGGUGCUAACAAAGUAUCUGCUAUGGCAGAACAGUUCAAGUUAAAAAAUCAAGACACAGAUGCACCUCCAAUACAGAAGUCGAACUCCCGGGCAGCUCUUGUGCUGCCAGCCCAGGGAGGAUCUGAAAUCUGUCACUUCUGUAAUAAAAGAGUGUACCUCAUGGAACGUCUUAGUGCGGAGGGCAAGUUCUUUCACCGGGACAAUUAUCUCUUUGAUCGAGAGGGAAGACAUGGUAGCCGCUUCUAUUGUGUCCAACAUUUUGGAAUGCCAGGUAAACUACGAGCUCGCAGGAAAAGUGAAGAAUUGCGCACUGGACCUUUCAAAGAAAAUAUUCCUACUUCCCAGAAAUCUCCUUCAAAAACACCUGAAAAGGCAAAAUCUCUUUGUGAAACUUUGAGUAAGUUGGAUGCUUCACGAGAUGCUGUGGAUAUGCGUGCUACCCCAGAAAGAAUUGAGUUUGAAAAUCUUGCUGGUGCCACGACUGAUGUGGAAGAGGCUCCAAGUGAAAUGGAUGAAGAUGAAUGGACUGACAGAAACUUUGGUGCUUCUGCUGCAGAAGGCUCUAGUGAUUCAGUCUCAGACAUCAGUGAUUCAGAUGAUGAUAUGCCUAAUGAAGUAUUUGAGGAAGCUAUUCAGCAACCACUAACUGCUGAUGAGACACUCAGAUUGGCUGAGAGUUGGCAACGGCGAUAUUCAAAAACACCUUCCAAAGACUUACAAAAUGGUGAAAGUUGCAAUGCAGAAGGUAAAAAAGACAUCCCUGCUGCUGCUACUACUACUAGAGAACAUGAAGCAGACACUGGUGAAUCAAAAUUGACUUCAAAACCAGCAAAAAAUAUAACAAAAACUGCCAAUAAUGAUGAUGAGGAAGAUAGUGAAAGUUAUGAGUAUGAUGAGAGUGAUGGAGAGUUGAGUUAUCGUGAAUACGAAAGUGAUGGCGAUGGAAGUGACACUGCAACGGAAGGGGAAGAACAGAAUGAUGCAGACGCUAAGGCUCGUGAGUUGCGGCGCCAGGAAGUACAACUUCAAGUCCCCCAGCGCCCUCCCAGAAGUCGCCAUGAUUCGGACACCAACACUGGUUCAGAGACUGAGGUUGCAAGUGAUUAUUCAACUGACACUGACAGUGAAGAAGAAGAGGAAGAGGAAGAAGAAGAGGAGAUAGAAAACUCUGCUACUGAAAUUUCAACAGAUUCAGAGUUUGAACAUGAUGGCACUACUCCCACACAGCACAACAUUCCUUCAAUUCUUAUUGAUAAUCCAGCAUUGUUUCGUCGCAGCUUACCAGAAGAACCAAAGAAAGUGCAAGUUCGGUCAGGUCAUAUUAAUGGUACCGUAAAACCACAAACUCCAGCAAUUCAAAAUGCAAAGAAUGCCAGAACAGAUGGGGUUAGGUUAGAAAUAUCUCCACUGCGGCCCGAAACCGAAUCUAAGUCUUCUAGUCUCACUAAUCUAGCAUCAGGGAACAACAUUCUAAAUACUAAAAAUAAUAAUAAUCUUGCUUCUUCCAAACUGGCAGCUCCUACUCCUCUCAUAAAUCCUCAUAAAGGGGAUUAUUUCCUGAAUAGAACUCAAUCUACUGAAGGAAUUGCAUCAAAACUCUCCCUUCAACUUAAAAAGAAAUACCUACUUGGAGCUUCUGAUGUAGGUGGGUCAGUGAAAAAGUCAGGUUCCUCUUCAACUUUAGAUUCAAAAGUUAAAAAUUUUGUUGAUGUUAUUUCAGAACACCAGAAAAAAUUAAACCCUGCCCCAGAACCAAGCCCAACAAUGCAAGCCUUUUUGCAAGGAACUUCUAAUCUCAGAGUAAACACAAUUCCUAACAAUCCAUUGUCACCACCAUCUCCUACCCUUUUGAAUGCUCCAUUAAAACUUCCCCCAUCACCCUCGCAGACUUCUGCUUCACCACGGACACAAAAAGAAAUACCUCAAUUAAAUGAAGGGUUUGAGCAUAUUUGCGGAUUAGGAAAGAAGGAUGAAAAUGCAGAAUCUUUAAGUAGUUUGAGUAAAAAAGAUGAAUUUGAACAUGUGUGUAGUUUAGGUAAGAAACAGGAAAAUGCUUUACCUGCAACUAGUUUAAGUAAAAAGGAAGAAGGUUUUGAACAUAUUUGUGGUUUAGGUAAGACUAACGAAGAUACUUCUGCCAAAAAAGAAUCUUCUCCUGAAACAUCUUGUAAAAUUCCAGAGACAGUCAAAAGUGAGUCGCCUGUGAAUGGAUUGAGUAGUGAUGUGCAUCAAGAGAAUGUGUUGACCACAGAACAGUAUGUUAAAUUGGAAGAAAGUAGUGAUAUUUCAUCUCAUGAAAAAUUGGUAGAUAAAACUGAUGCUCAAAAAAUGAAUAAUGUUAUAAAUGAUCAAGAAAGCUAUAAUAAUUUAGACUGUCGUCCACGUAGUCCUGCUCACGAAACAUCAAUAGUAGUUCCUGAUAUUUCCUGGAAUACAGGUCACAAAACUGAAGACAUAGAAACGGAUUCUCUGUCAUCUUGUGGAAGUGGUAGUGAUGUAGAAGAGGAAGGGGAUAGUGAUGAUCACAGAUCAAGGUCUCCAUCACCAGUUCUCAAGAGAGAGAUGACUCCACCCAGAGUUGAAAUACAUAAUUCUAGUGGUGAACUCAUGGAAGACGAAUAUGGCCAUGAAGGAGACAAACCCCAGGAGAACAGUAACAAAGAUGAUCACAAUAUAGAGGAAGAUACAACUGUACAACGAGUAUUUUCAGAUGCAGUGGGAUCAUCGGAGGAUGUUAAUCUGAGGAACAAAAAACGAGUUGAGCCAUUAGUAUUUGAGAACAAGCGUGCUUCUCUCACAAGCGACAGAAGCAGUCCGUCAACUCCACCUUCAGCAAGGGGGGAUGAAUCAGAAUCGUUUCACCAUGAAGGAACUCUGGCAGCUUUGACUGAGACUGAGCUAUCUGAUUGGGCACAAGAUGGUGAUGCUGUGGUGUCAGAAGACUUGGAAGAUGUGGAAUUCAACAUCAAUCCUGAGUUUGUCACUAUUAGACGCCAUCGUAAAACGAAGACGAACAGAAAUGCUAUUCGUGGGAAUAGCGCUAGUGCAUUUGCCAAAAUAGCUAGAGGUGAAGAUUUUGGUGACUUUGAUGAAGAUCCAGGUCAUGUAUGUGGUAAAGAAAGAUCUGGUAGUCAAACUGAGAGCAAUAAAGCUCCAUCCAGUAUUCUUUCAAACAUUGAUAACAUUGAAUUUAUGGAUACUGGCGGUGAAGAAGAGGAUGAAGACUGUAGUGAUACAGGUGACACCGAAGAGCUUUUGGAUGCAAGAAACAAAGUAUUAUUAAGGAACAAUGGUUAUGUUCAGUUUGUUGAUACAGAAGAUGAUAUGGCUACUCCUGUUGCUGAAAGUCCCAGGCAAAUUGUUCCUGCUCCUGUUCUCCCUACUUUUAUUGUGAGUGAAUGUGAGGAGAGAUCUGGUGAACAUUGUGAUAGUCCUGAAAUAUUUGAGGCUGUGAACAAAGAACUUGUUACUGCAUCUGCUGGUGAAGAGGAGGAGAGCUCUCUUCAACCUGAAGGAACUACUACUGAAGAAACGACCACCACAAGUGAAUUAGCUACUGUGAAAGAUAAUCUCAACGCAGAUGAUAGUGAUGUAUUCUUCACUCCCAAGCAGGAAUUAUCAAACAAUGAAGGAAGAUCACCAGUUUCUCCUAAUGAUGAUCUGAGAGGUCAAGAAUAUGAUGAAUAUGUGAAGAGACUUCAAGGACGAAUAUCACCAUUUCAUAAUGUCAGAGAUUCUAUAGAUGUUCGUAAGUCACGCCGUAAGAUUGGAAAUGGGAAGGUUAAUGAACACAUUAAACCUCAAGAAUGUAUUUCAGAAGAAAGUACCUCUGAUCAUGGUGCUGGAGAAAAAAUUGUUCCUUCUUUAUCAAGUCCUAUUAACAUUUACAAUUCACCUAGCACAUCUCGUAAGUUAGAAGAAAUAUCUAGAGAAAGGUCAAAACAGAAGGAUUUAAUACACGAGAUGGUCCUAGCUAAACACCUCUCCCAGAGAAAAUCAUCUCAAGAACGGAGGCAAAGAAAGUCUAGCAAAGGACUACAAACUCCUCCAUCUAGUAUAUCUAGUAGCCAAUUCAGUUCAAAUGAUACCUUUCAGACUCCCCUUUCAAAUUCAUCAGAAGUGCCUGCCUCUCCAAAAGAAUCUGUUAUCACUUUGGAGACACCAUCUUUAGCCCUUCCAGUUGUUGAAACAGAAGUUAUUGAUAGCAAUCGUAGUAUUCACCAAGAUUUGGAAGUGCCUUUUGUUGAUGAUUCAGUCUUGGUCACUGAAGAAACUGAACAGUUUUUUACUCCCUUAACAUCAUUUAAAAAAGAACCUCAUCACAAACCUCGCCCCGUUUCCGUUCAUUCUUCAUUUAGAGCAGAACAAAAGCCUAUAAAAUAUGUUAACAGAUAUUCAUUUUUACCUGACACUCCAUUAACUAAUCCUGAAGCAUUUUCUCUUCCUGAUAUUAGAAAAGCUUUGUUUAAGACACCAGAUGAACCUUUCAGUCCACCUGUAGCUCCCCCACGCAGCCGUCACGAUAGAACUGCUGGUCAAGAGCAAGACAGGGAGGAACUUGGAGAAAGAACAUGUAUGAAAAGCAGUGAAGAGUUGGGCUUCAGCCCAGAUGAUUACAUCACCACAUUGAAAAAGAAGAGCCGAAGGCCUGGAUUGGAAAGGAGCUUGUCACAACCUGAAGAAGCUGCUACUGCUAGAGCUAGAUUGCAUGAAAGAGUGGAUCACAUUCUUCAACCAGAUGCAAGUUCUUCAAUGACAGGCAGCUCCUUUCAAAACGUGCAGACUUCUCUCACAAGCACUGCUAGUCCUACAAGUAGCAUUGCUUCACCUUUAAGCACACCUCACUCUAAGACUACUUUCUACUUGGAUGCAAACCACAGUUCCCCAACAUCUGGAGAAACUAGUUUGAAUAGUACCAAAGAACAGAAGAAAUCGAAAGAUCCAGAACGCCGAAAGAGUAUUAUACAAGCUGUAUCAGACUUUUUUCAUAAAAAGAAGGAUGCUUCAGCUACACCAUCACCUCCCAAAACUCCAACUACUAGUGGAUCUGCAGGAGGAAGCAGCAAAGACAAGUUCAGAUUUAAAUUUUCCAGGUUAAAGGAUAAGAGCAGGGACUCUGGGGCUAAGGCAAAUGGUGGUGUUCGUUCUAAGAGUGAGACACAUCCACCUCCAAUCCCACCUUUGCCUGUGAACUACACUCCAAGUGGCCCAAGUGGUUCAGGAAGGCAUCAAGGAUCAAUUCCUCGCACAUCAGCAGAAGAUAGCUUUUCUGAACCCGAUGAUGAUUCGAGAGCUACUGCUGUAUCCACUCCAACUCAUGAUUCAAUAUCAUCUACUGGCAGUUUGAAUCGAAGACAGUCUCGCAUGCAUCGUCGAAUGGCAAGACAAGCUCAACUGAAACGGUUGCGCAUGGCUCAGGAAAUUCAGAGACAGUUAGAAGAAGUAGAAGUAAAACAACGUGAAUUGGAGCAACGAGAUGAGGAUGAAGCUGGUGCCGUGGAUGAGGCUGAGUUGCUUAGGGAAUGGUUUGAAUUGGUUCGAGAGCGAAGUGAGUUACGUCGUUAUGAACACGAGUUGGUGGUGAGAGCUGAAGAACUGCAAUUAGAAGAUCGUCAUGCACGACUGCAGCAGGAACUGCGAGAUCGCUUGGCAAAUGAUGGUAUCAAGAAGAAGAUAGAGACUUUGAAGCGCAAAUGCUCGCGAAGGGCUUACGACUUACACCGUUGAGGAAAGAAUCAAAUGUGUGAUUAUGUUGUAAGUAAUCUGCCAAGUGGAUGGAGUUCAAAUACUGAAACAAGUGGUAAGCUGUGGAAGUUCCUGCAUUUCUUCUCUUUUUGGUGUGUCCUUGAAUAUUUUGCUGCUUCAGUCAUUGCCUUUACACAACUGGGUCCAGGAGGAGGAUUCUCUUUGUUAGGAGAUCUCAAGACAGCUUUAUAUGAAGUGAGGAAUAUCUCACCUGUUAUUUUAUAUUGAUGUAUGUUGUAUCUUUGUAUAUAGUCAACAAAAACUGUUGUAUUUCAAUGUGAUAAUAUGUGAAUGAAUGAACAGAUGUUUAUACUUCAGUAAAAUAUUUCAGGUCAUGUUUGUGUAUGUUACAGGAACAUUCUGAUCAAAGUGUCUCAUUAUUCCACUUUAUUGUUAUCUUUUUGAGUAAAAAAACGUUUCCUCAUGUUUGUGAGAGUUUCAAAAUGAAUCACAGAAAACCUGUUGCAGAAUUUGUAUUCCUACUUAUGAAAUACACAUUCAGAUGCAUAUAUAUUGUUAUUAUUAAUGCCUAGAAUGAAAUUUAAGAUGUUUUAUAAGAAGAAUGAAUACAAAUUUUGCAUUGUUCUUUAUAUAUGCAAGAAUGAAAUGUACUGUUGCAAAACUUUAUACAUUGUUAUUAUGUUAAGAGGCAGAAGUAUUGUGCAUGAAAAUUAUGCUUGGAAUUGUCUGUAACAUACAUAUUGUAUAUGUGUAUAUAAAUACAAAAGCAGUUUGUUCUAUUCUUGCUUUUUUUUUUAAAGAAGGAAGAGAUGUUACUUACAAAUAAAUUAAUUUUUAUUUUAAUUUAUAUUUCUCUUGUUUUGCGUCUACAUGAAAACUCUCUUCUCAUACUCACAUAUGAGACGGAAGUUAAUUCAAUUUUAUAAAGCCCUAUGUUUGCAGAUAAUCAAUUCUGCAAAAUUCUGUUUUCUCUAAAAAUAGUAUUAAAAGAAGAAAACAGGGUACACAACAAAAUUUCUUGUUGAUGUAUAAAUGAGAAACUACCAAAAUUGUGAUAAUUUUCAAAUGAAACUUGGUAGGCUACUGUGUGUAUAUUAAUUGUAGAAAAUUUAAUAUUCAUUUUGCAAAUGUAUAUAAACUUGCUUAAAGAGAUAUUAUUCUUGUGUACGAUGAUUGCAAAUAGCUGUGUAUUUAAUGAUAUAUUUUAUUUUUAUUUUCCCUUUCCAUGAAAGGACUAAAUUAGAUUUUCUUUGUGAGUGUGAUUUGUGAAGCAGUUUGUUGUGUCAAGUUUGUACUGAAGACUUGAUAACAAUAAAGUAAUUCAGUACAUUGUUAACCUCUAUAUUAUGCAAGACACAUUGCAAUAGUAACAUCACAGUGUAUAGUUGUUUAGUUUCACAAACAAAUUUAAAGUGAUGUAUUACUGUAAAGUAAAUUAUUUAUUUUGGUAGCUAUACUUGUAAUAGAGAAUAAUUUUACAUUUCAUAGAAAACAAUUUAUAUUCGAGUAUAUAAAAUACUCUUCACAUUGUGCAUUGUAGAAUCAAUAAGUGCAAUUUGUGAAUGUGCAUUUUUGAAUAUAAUAUGAAUUUUAUUGCAGAAUCUGUAUAUGAUUUCCUAGUGCGUUUUUGUUUGCUGAAUGUCCCUUCUAGAGAUAUUUAAAACAGAAUACUAUUUAGGUUCAUUGGACAUCAAAUUUUUGGAUGUAUUUUGAUAAUGCCUAGUCUUAUAUAAAUGCUGAUGUUAUUAAAUUAAUUUUUGAUAGCUCUAGUAACAGCAAAAGGAAGAUAAAAGGCCUUUUUAACAUUUGCAUGUCUCUUUAGUUUGGUGCUAGUCAUUUAUACAGUUAUAUUAGAAUACAUAGAAAAUAUUCACAAACUUUUAACAUUAAAUAUGCAAAUAUUUUGCAUUUUCUUGUUUUUGAAUGUAAAAUACGUUAGUUUUUAGUGGUUAAAACAUUUAGAACAUGCUCAUUGUUUACAAGACUGGCUUUUUAUAUAGUCUCUCAUAAACCAGCCCAGAAAAAUGAGCUAUGACACGUGUAAUUUCAAAUUAUUCUGAUGGUACUUUCAUACAGUGAAUUGUUGUGAAGACAUGUCUGUGUGGGCGUCUUCUCUUUGCAAGCUAAGCAGUUAUCAGCACUAGUAAACUUUAUAUGCUGUAGAUAUUACCUUAAAUUAAUAACAAUAAAUGCUUUUAUACUGUUUUUAAAAAUUGUAAUAACACAAGAAUUAAUAUUU